CCCUGUCUCUCCCGAUGGAGAGAUCCACGUAUAGAUUUUAAUCACUUCCUUACAUUAGUGACGAGCAAUGAUUCGGCCCACAUCAAACCGGAUUGAACGUAUUUUGAUUUAGGUUUGAUCUUACGAAUUAUCUUAAACAUGAAGAAAAAUUAGAUUGGAACUGAAUUCAUACUCGAAUAAUCUAAGCCAAAUGAAUCAACCGUGUUUUCAAUAUGAUUCCAAUUCUCAAAUUUCCCUUAAUUGGUUCUAUUAUUAUAUUUUAAUUCUAUCCAUUUCCGGAUCAAAUCAACCGAUGUUCACUCCUAAAUUAAAUAAGAAAUUUCAUUAAAAAAACUAAGAUUGGUUAUUCGAACUAUUAUAAGCGACUUUUUAGCAAUGGAUGAUGGGAAAUAACUAGCUUUCUUCAAAUAAAUCUAGGGGUUCAGAUUUGGAGAAUGAAUCCUUCUCAAAUGCAUGGCUAUUUUUAUAUAUGCUGGCAUUUUUUUGUGGACUAUUUUCCGGUAGUGAGAACAUGAUUUUUUGUGAGCACCAUUAUAUUGGUCCUUUCUUUUACUUUUUCAAUUAUUGAUGUUCUUGUCUCAUAUUGGGACGCCAGAUGUCCUCAUGUGGAUGCAUGGAAGCAUAAAAUUCUCAUUGUCUGGACUUAGUUCUGAGAUUCUGAUCUGCCAAAUUUCGAUUUGAUGUCUCUGUUUUACUAGGUUUCGGGUGAGUCAGAGGACGAACAGGGGAGUAUAGAAAUUAAGAAGUUAAGUUUUCUGGGCAUAGAUUCAUUUUGUUUUCUCAACUUGAAAUGUUGAUGUUAUCCAAUUCGAUUGGUAUAUGUGUUGGGGGAGCAAGUAUGGGUCGAGGGGCAAUACAAUUAGAAAGACCCAAGGAAGCUUGUUGGGGGGUGCAGACAUCGGCCAAGCAGGGACCAGGCAGAGAAGUCCAAAGAAGCCCACAAGAGUAGGGGCCAUGGGCUUGAGUGUGCACUGUGAACGGCCCAAAUGACCAAGACAGCGCACGGGACAUGUGGGGUCGGACACCUGGCAAGGGGCGCAUGGGACAAAAGACAUCCAACGGUCGGAAGUGUACGUAAAGCUGGCCACAUGAUGUCAUGCGCCUCAAACGCCUGACGAAAGUGUCAGGUGGUCGAGGCGCAUGCGCAAGGGUUAUACGGCGCAUUUAUUGCGGACCUGACACAAGGCGAGAGCGAUGGAUACCGGUCGAUCUCGCUCCGGGUAUAAAUAGUGAAGUAGGUAAACCUCAUUUACUCAGUUUUGCUUCUCUUACUAGAACUGUUCUCCACUUCUCUCUAGAAAGAAGGGUUCUCGCUUGGGCUUCAGAGUGCUAACGGAUCUAUCCGGUCUGCUAGGCGCUUGUGUGUGCAGGCAGGAGCACGUCCUGAAGCGCAAUAAGAAAGGAGGCGCGCAGCGUGAAGGGGAAGGUUUCGGGGCAUAAACAAUAUGUUAUUGUAUAGAUUUGAUUUAAUUUUAUCUAAUAAUGUUAACUUGUUGUGAGAUAUCGAAUUAGAAAUGAUUUUUUGGGAUUUACAUUUUACACACACAAUGAAAAAAAUACAGUGCAAAUGUUAUCCAUCUCGACUGAUGUAGGUUCACACAUGGAAUCGUGUUUGAGAUUAACCUCAUCAAGUAAGUCUGGUGAAGGUGAAACCUCAUAGUUUAUGAUAUAGAUUUGUAGAGUCACUUCGAGGAGGCUCAAAACAGAAAUAGAGACUCGCUGCUUGAGCUCCUCUUCCCUUUUUCGACUGAAAUCCAAUUAUCCAAAUCAAUAAAAAAAGGUAAUUUCUUCUUAACACUGGAUAAUGUUACACUUUUUUCGAUGACGUCACAGAGUUUGAGAAGAACUCUUCGAUUAAAUCUAUUGUGUACAUUUCUCCCCCGUUUUAAAAACCUCAUUAUUGACGGCAACUAGGUCAUCUUGGCCUCCUAUAUUUGCAAAUAUUUUUUUGUAAAUGUCGUUCAUCCUGGAAAAAGAUCAACUAAUGAAACUUGGCUCAUCGUAUCCACAAAUCUCACUCUGUGUUGCUCUGACUUACAAAAUUAACCUAAGCAACUAGAGUAAUUAGCACUCGGAGUGCCACGAUGGUUAAUAAUUUCAAGAUACGGUUUUGUUAGAAACGAAGAACCAACAAACAGAAGGAAAAAAUCUGCAGAAAUCAGAACUUGUGCGCAAGUGUUUUUGGGGGGCCGAAUUCUUCAAUUUUUAUUUACUCAUAAACCAAGUCUUUUUAUUGGCAUGUAAACCCUACAAUCAGUACUCCUCCUAAGACUCGGGAGAAUUUACAGCCCAUGAUUCAACAACUCCACUAACCCUCCACAAAUAGCUAACAAACUUCAGUAGCUGACUCUACUGCUAACAGACUACUUGGAAAACAUGAACUGACUCGAAACAGAGCGAAUAUCCAGCAGUUUUUCUUUCCUUAAUCCGAUUAGCAUGUCAAAAUGUGACAGUGGCAAGGUCACAUCUUCUGUUCUGCAGAAUUCUAGGUCCAUCCACUAUGGACGACCUGAAGGCGCACAUCUGCAUCUUCAUCGCCACUGUGUUGUGCGUUUUCAUUGGGUGGUACAGGGAUUUUAAGGACUCGAAGCUCCUUCUCGAGAAGAGGAGGCAGCAAAGGGAAAGGAAGAAUCUGUGAAGCCAUGUUUGGGAAUGGAGAAGUGGUGUUAGAAUCCAAUCAAAUUGAGUAUGCUGUGAACUUCAACAGUGGGAUGACAAAUAUAUCCGCGAUCGGUAAGGUAAAACUGGAAUCCGAAAAAAUUUUGGUGGGGAUGAAACGCUACAAAUUCAAAUAUUGCGGGGUGAUGGGUGGUGCAUGGUUAUCUCAUUGUUCAAUCCGAACCCAACACCGACUGUACACGUGCAUAUGUAUUUUACCUGGAAAUGAUUAUUGUUUUUUUUCAAUGUAUUUGAUAUUUAGCAUAUAGAUGUAAUAUUUUUAACGAAAUUGUGUUAUUUUUAAUUAAUUUUUUUUAGUUCUAGUGAUAUAUUAUCGUACUUUUAUACUCAUGCAACGUGAGUAUAUCUGUGAAUGUUAACAGGUUAGUUGGAUUUAUAAAAGAGAAAUUAUUAUCAAUGGAUAACCGUGGGUAUCCGAAACCCGAAUGGGUAUGAGCAUGGUUUCAAUUUUCUACUUGAUUCUUAUGUGUGUAUGGGUAAAAUUCGAACGAUUUCAAGUAUGGUAACAUAUAUGCACUAUCCGCCUCCGACCCUAUCCGUUGAAAUCUCUGUUGGAGACUACAGAAAUCACGAAAUGUUGUUUGCUUCUAGGGAUUUUAAUUUACAUUAUAAUUAAUUUAUGACAUGCUAUUAUAAUUGCAUUGUUUUUGAGGUUAUGUGUUCAAAUUCUCAUGAUCUCAAUACUAACAGUUGAUCAUAUGAGUUGGCGGUCGUUCAAGGGGCUAUGAGGAAGUGGUUAAAAUACUAUGUUCAAACCUGCCACCAAUCCAACGGUAUUUCAAAACAUAACGACCUUAUCCGUGUCUCCCUCCACAAUCCAGCCAUGGCAAUGGCGGCGUUUUCUUCUUCAUCUUCUUCUCCGCUCGCAGUUUCAUCAACCGCAGUUCCCCAUUCCCUACCCGUCUCAUAUCCUCCAUCCCAAUUCCUUCCAAACCACCCGCCUCUCGCUCUUCUCUCCACCUGCAAAGACCUCCGAACUCUCAAGCAAAUUCACUCGCUCGUCAUCAGAACCGGCCUCCACCACAACAACACCCAGUUCGCUCUCACCAAGCUAAUCGAGUUCUGCGCGGUUUCUCCCUUCGGCGACCUUCCCUAUGCUCUGUCGCUCUUUCACACCGUCGAAAACCCUGAUCAGAGAGUCUGGAACCACGUAAUCAGGGGAUUCGCGCUGAGUGAAUCCCCUGCUCUGGCCGUGGAAUUUUACAUCCGUAUGAUGGUGGCUGGUUUGGAGCCGAAUAACCAUACGUUCCCCUUCGUUUUGAAGUCGUGCGCGAAGCUGGGGAAUGCCCAUGAAGGGAAACAGGUCCAUGGACAUGUUCUGAAGCUUGGUGUUGAGAACGAUCCGUUUGUGCAUACUUCUUUGAUUAACAUGUACGCUCAGAAUCGUGAAUUGGGUUAUGCAAGAUCAGUGUUCGACAAAAGUCCUAAGAGGGAUCCGAUUUCGUAUACUGCUUUGAUCAAUGGGUAUGGUUCGAGUGGGCUUAUGGAUGAGGCUCGCAAACUGUUCGAUGAAAUGCCUGUUAGAGAUGUAGUGUCGUGGAAUGCUGUGAUUGCAGGCUAUAUACAGAAUCGCCUAUAUGAAGAGGCACUAGCUUUCUUCGAAGACAUGGUUAGGAUGAGAAUUACUCCGAAUGUGAGCACUAUGCUGUCUGUCCUUUCCGCGUGUGCGAAUUCAGGAUCUCUUGAGCUAGGCAAUUGGGUGCAUUCAUGGAUUGAGGAUCAUGGGCUAGGAUCAAAUCUCAGGCUUGCCAAUGGUCUUGUUGACAUGUAUGCUAAGUGUGCAGAUCUAGAGAGAGCUAAGAACGUGUUUGAUAACAUGAAAACCAAGAGUGUCGUCUCAUGGAACGCUAUGAUUGGUGGGUAUAACCACAUGGGCUGUUACAAGGAAGCACUGGAGAUUUUCAGACGGAUGCUCGAAUCAAAUGUUGACCCUAAUGAGGUAACCUUGGUAAGCAUUCUUCCCGCUGUUUCAAACUCAGGUGCUCUAACUCUCGGUAAAUGGAUCCAUGCUCAUAUAGACAAGAACAUGAACAAAUUUCAGUUGACUAGAAAUAGUGCUCUAUCGACAAGCCUCAUUGACAUGUAUGCCAAAUGCGGCGAUAUCAUGGCAGCCAAACGAAUCUUUGAUUCCAUGGAAAUUAAAAGUUUGGCUUCUUGGAAUGCAAUGAUAUCUGGGUUAGCCAUGCACGGGUUUGUUGACAUGGCACUCGAACUCUUCUCCAGAAUGAUAAACGAAGAUUUUGUACCAGACGACAUCACCUUUGUUGGUAUAUUAUCUGCUUGUAACCAUGGUGGUUUCGUAGAACUUGGAAGGAAGUACUUCUUUUCAAUGGUAGAAGAUUAUAACUUUACUCCUAAACUUCAACACUAUGGUUGCAUGAUAGAUCUUCUAGGCAAAGCUGGGCUAUUCGAUGAAGCAGAGAUACUGAUAGAUGAUAUGGUAGUGAACCCUGAUGGAGCCAUAUGGGGUUCUCUGCUUGGCGCUUGUAGGCUUCAUGGACGAGUGGAUUUGGCCGAAAUGGCUGCCAAGCGUGUUUUCGAGUUGGAGCCUGAAAACACUGGUGCGUAUGUACUCCUGUCAAAUAUCUAUGCUAAAGCUGGGAAAUGGGAUGAUGUGGCGAGAAUAAGAACUAGGAUAAACGAUAGAGGACUGGAGAAAGUGCCCGGUUGUAGUUCUAUUGAGGUGGAUAGUGUUGUUCAUGAGUUUCUAGUUGGUGACAAGACUCAUUCUCAGAGCGAUGAAAUCUAUGAGAUGGUGGAUGAGAUAGAUGAUCUGUUGGAGAAAUAUGGGUUUGUGCCGGAUACUUCCGAGGUGUUGUAUGAUAUGGAAGAGGAAUGGAAACAAGAGGCUCUGAGCCAUCAUAGCGAGAAGCUGGCCAUUGCUUUUGGGUUGAUCAGUACAAAGCCAGGGACUACCAUACGGAUAGUGAAGAAUCUGCGUGUUUGUGGUAACUGUCACUCUGCAACUAAGCUGAUUUCGAAGAUAUUUAACAGAGAAAUCAUUGCUAGAGAUAGAAAUCGGUUCCACCAUUUCAAAGAUGGGCUUUGUUCGUGUAACGACUACUGGUAAACCAUGUAAGUAAACUGAACUUAGUUCCCGUUUGAUUACUCCAAUUGCUGAAUACAUAUAUGUCUUAGUU